AACAAGGAGGCUGAAGGGUUUUUCACACAGUUCACGUUUCUGAUUCACAAUCUUCGUCUUUGAUAUAAAAAUCGAAACUUUACUCUGCAAAUACUCGAAAAUUCAGCAAUGCCGUCUGAGGAUACAAAGCCCGUGAAGCAGGAAGUGAAAGAGGAGGGACCGGGGAAGAAGAGCUUGAGUGCGAUUCCUGAAAACCGGAAGAAGAAACCCGCAAGUAACAAGAGCAAUGUUGCUACUUCGACGGCGAAAUCGAGCUCCAAGGAAGCUAAAGUGAAGAAAGAAGAGCCCCAAGAUGAUGAUUCUGACGAUUUUGAUGGACCCAUUAAGGGUUCUUCCGCUUCGCGCUCCAUGGUUGCCAAGAUGAAGAAGGAGGAGAGUGAUUAUGACGAUGACGGCGAUGAUACAGUCAAGCCCAAAAGGGGCUCCGCCACCAAACCCAAUAAGGAGGUGAAGAAGAGGAAGAAGAAGGAGGAAGAGAAGAAAAUGGCAGCGGAGAAGGAUGGGAAGAAGGAGAAGAAGCAGAGGAAGGUUUAUGAUUUGCCUGGUCAGAAGAGAGAUGCUCCAGAAGAGAGAGAUCCGCUGAGGCUUUUUUAUGAAUCCCUGUUUAAGUAUAACCCCAAGAGCGAAAUGGCACAAAUCUGGAUGAUGGAGUCUGGUCUGCUUGCCAUUGAAGAAGCAAAGAAAGUCUUAGAGAAGAAACAGAAGAAGACUCAGGCUCAAAAGUUGACUUCACCAAAGAAAUCUGUUUCUGCUGUAAAGAGUGUAACCAAGUCUGCAACUGUUAAGAAAACAGUUCCAUCCUCCCCAGUUUCUUCAAGUCAAAAGAAAACAACAGUCACCCGAGUUGCCUCAAAGCAGUCUAAGAAACGUGAAGCUGAAGAAGGAAGCUCUGAGGAUUCGGAUGGUGAAUUUUUGGUUAGUAGAAUGAAGAAGAAACAGAAAACAAAGUGAUUGCUUUCCCCUGUGACUAGUUACUCAUCCUCACCUGAUUACAGCCAUUGAUUUUCUCACUGAUUAGCUGAUCCAAUGCUGAAUAUUCAACUCUCAUUAUUCGGUUGUUAAAUGAUUGUCCUGACUUGAAAACAUUAAUUAAUGGAGGGUUUUUUU